AUGGAACUUCUGGAAUGGGCGAUAGCUCUCACCGGCGCGUGGGCAAUUAUUCACCUCUGCCUCGCCACAUACAAUCUGUUAUUCCAUCCCCUACGAAACUACCCCGGACCCAAGUUGGACGCUGCCACUGGACUUGUCUAUGUUUACCACAUGGUGAGAGGAGACAGUUGCAAAUACCUUGCCGGUCUCCAUGAGAAAUAUGGAGAAGUUGUUCGGGCUGGUCCCAACGAGAUUUCAUACAUGACCGUGUCAGCCAAUCAGACGAUUUUCGGGAAUAGGAACACCGAGGACAAUUCCUUUGAGAAAAAUCCAGCAGUGUACAUUCAGGGUGAAGGCACGGCGCAAAAUAUCCUGUUUGCCAGCACUGGGGAACAUCCACGAUUCAAGAAGCUCAUGGCGCCGGCAUUCUCUGAGCAGGCAAUCAAAGAGCAGGAGCCGACCAUUCAACAAUAUACUAGCAUGACUAUUGAUGCACUCAGGAACAAUCGAUCCGGAAAAGCAUGCUAUCCCGAUGCCAAUGGAAUUGCGAACGUCGGAGCUUGGUGCAAUUUUCUCAUUUUCGACAUUCUAAGCUGCCUCUCCUUCGGAAAAUCCAUCGGCUGCCUUGAGAUGGCCGACUACCACGAGUGGGCCAAUGUGAUAUUUGGUGCCAUGAAGCAUUCCCAUUUCCUACAGUGCGCCCAUCGACUCAAGCCCUACCACCCGCUCCUUGAGAAAUUAAUUCCCGGAGAUAUCAGUGGCCCCUACAAAGCGCACAUGGAAAACGUUCGAAAGAACCUACGCGAGCGCGAGACAAUGGAAAACCUUGCGCGGGCUGACUUUGCCUCUUGCAUCCCCAAAGGAAUGACUGAAGAGGAAUUGGUCGAUAAUGUGAACAUUCUGGCCACUGCGGGCAGCGAAACGACAGCCACCACACUUUCUUCACUUUUCUAUUAUCUGACACACAACCCUGGCAGCUACCGGAAGCUGGUCCACGAAGUUAGAUCAACUUUUUCGACCGAGGAGGAAAUCACCUUCAAUGCUGUGGGUAGCCUGAAAUACCUCAAGGCUGUGAUCCAGGAAACCUUUCGAAUCCACCCUUCAGUUCCAGUCGGGCUACACCGUAUUACCCCUAAGUCUGGCAGCUAUAUUGAUGGACAAUGGGUACCUGGUGGGACUUGGGUGUCAGUCGCCCUCCUCGCAGCGUACAGAUCACCAAAGUACUGGAAGCGCCCGGAGGAAUUCCUUCCGGAGCGAUGGCUGGGUGACCCAGAGUUUGCCUCGGACAAUCGACAGAUCUGGGCGCCAUUCUCCAUUGGCCCAAGGAAAUGCAUUGGAAUCAACUUGACGUAUCUGAAUAUGCGACUGAUCGUGGCACGACUACUGUGGAACUUUGACUUUGAGGCCCAGCCCGAUAACAUUGACCCACAUGAGAUGAAGGAAUAUGGGGUAUGGCAGGGCCAGGUUCCGCUGAACCUGAAGAUCCGCGAUGUAAGGGCGUAG